CACAGAUCAGUUUUAGUUAGGACGAAAAUCACACACUACCCGAUCGAUCGCUAUGGCAUGGUGCAUGAAGAACAUCGGCAAAGGACAGUUGGGAGGCAACAAGGUGUUGAUAUGCUUGUGGGCCUUGUGGCUGGUGACGCUGCUUGUCUUGUCAUCUGAAAAGAUGGGAUCAGAUGCCUGUGAUAGACAAAUUAGCCAGACAUGGCCCAACACAACAUGUAUCAUUCGCGGCACCUGCAACAAGUACUGCAGAAGGGAGAACUUUGACCGCGGCAUCUGCAAAGAACUCAAUUAUUGCUUCUGCUACAGGAACUGCGCCAUCGAAUCCAUCUAGCCAUAUACUAUGUGUCAUUUUCAUGAAUGCUCGAUCGAAGCUAUUGCUAUGAGUUCAUGCAUUAUGAAUGAAAUAAAUUAACUUUUUUAA